UAUAGGCACUCCCCAUCAAGAUGGCUGCAUUACUGCGUGAAACGGGGUUCUCCUGGAGAAAUGACGCAAGCCCCGGUUAACGUGGGUUUAGUUGUACGGUAGCAGACUCGCUCUGAGCCACUCCACAGCGCUGCGCCGUCCCCGCCAAACCGCCAGUUCUCAAGUGGACCGAACAGAACCGGUUCAUCAAAGUGCGAGUGCGAUGCUGAGGGGGGGCCCCAGAGAGUGAGGCCAUGGGCUGCACCUCGGCCAAGCAGGUGUCGGCCGUGCCCAGCGACGAAGACGGACGCGGCGGCGGCGGCGGCGGCAAGGCCUACAGCAACGGAGACCUCUUCACAGAUGAGUACAAGAUGAAGGGGGUGGAGGAGGUGAAGUACAUGAGAGGGGAGGAGGAGCGGUUGAACGCCCGCAAUCAGGAGAACACGGAGCGGAGUGGGGUGCAGUACCGGGGGAAACUCCACAAAGAGGCAAACGCCAACAAGACCAAUAUUCACACAUCAGAAAGCCAGCAGGAGUUUUUCCGAAUGCUGGAUGAGAAGAUUGAGAAGGGAGAAGACUAUUGUUCGGCAGAGGAGGAAGAUGGGACAUAGCACAAUGGCUCCCGGAUUCAUCGUAGAGAACCUCGCUAUGUGUGUGUGUCUGUGCGUGUGUGUGAGCGUGUGUGUUUGUGUAAAGGACAGAGUGAGUGAUUGUGUGCCUGGGCACACGCGUGUGUGUUUGUGAGCGGAAGAGCGGGCCAGACAGCGGAAGCAGUGUUGAGCAGCGAGGCGUUGUGUACGAGGGGACGUGUGAAUGUGUGUGUGCGGACCGCCAUGUGACGGAGAAAGUAUUUUGACCACGAGUGGAAUGGCCUCGAAAGAGUGAGUGAGCGGGGGAGAGAGAGAGAGACAGAGAGGGAGAGAGAGAGUGUGAAAGAGAGAGCGAGUAUUUAAAACUCGACUGGAUUUAAAGUGGACUACCCUCCAGGGACUAGCCCCCCCCCCCCCCCUUCCCCCCCUCUGGUCUGUCCAUCCGCUGGGACCCCCCCCCCACCCGGACGGACAGAUGGCGGGCCGACGGCGAGCAGCGAUUGGGCGGAUGAGUGGAGGGAGAGACGGACGAGGCUUCGCUGGCGGACUGACGGACAUAACGGACAUAAGGGCUGGCUGCAGUCCGGCCCCCCCCCCCCCAGUCAGCACCCCUCCAUCGGCGUCCCGUCCUCUGGCUCCUCGUAUCGGAGGGACACAGCCUUCUUCCCGCCCACCACUCCCCGGGGAGCCAAUCAACACGAAGGAGCUUGAAGACACGGGCGUGGGGGGGGGGGCGUGGGGCUGGGGGCGACGGGGGGGGGGGGGGGGGGGGGGGUACCUUGCUGGGACCAGAGUCGAGCUGCUGGUGUCUCCAAACACACACACACACACACACACAUGAGGUGGGAAGGACCAGACCGUCAGCCGCCCGGCCGGAGAGAGACUGACGGACAUGGGGGGGGCCAGAGGGGGGGUGUCUCUUGGGGUUAUUAUGGGACAUGUUGGAGCCAGAGAGAGAGGGGGGAGAUAUUCCUUCUAUUUUAAUAAGAGAGAAGAGGAUGAACCAAAGGAGGGUGCGUUUGAGACGCUCUGGGUUCAGCCGGCCUUUUGACGUCACAGACCUUUUUUUUGUUCGAUUCUUUUUUUUGUUUUUGUUUUUAAAUUCAUCCUGUCCGAAGCGCUCUGUUGGGUUAUUUCUGUCCUUCGAUGUUAAACUGUUCUUAAUUUGUUCCGUUUCCCGGCUCCCCCCUCCUAGUUAUCAUUGACAUCUUCUUCAUCUUCAUCCGCAUCAUGUUUUUCCUGAUACGUAGUUCCAGGCUUCUGUGUCUCCGCUCCCCAAGUUCACCGUUGUCUCGAUGCCGUGCACACACGCAAACGCACACACACACACACACACACACACACACACACACACACACACACACACACACACACACACACACACACACACACACACACACACACACACACACACACACACACACACACACACACACACAGGAUAGCACUUCCAAUAUGCUAAACUAAACAUAAAUCUGCUGGCUAUUUGCUGCUCAGUAGGCCUCUGAGUGGUAUGCUCUCUGCUUGACAUUUCCGCAAGCCAGCGGUGUGGGGAGGGGGGGGAGUGUGUGUGUAUGUGACAGAAGGUGAGUGUUUCAGUUGCGUUGCAGUGUCAGACAAUCUGCUGGCCUCUCCUGCUCUAUACCACCAGCUCAGCCUCUUUCCAGCAACAACAGUUUGAUGCUUUACCAGCAAAGAGUGAAGUCAUCCCUCUCUCUCUGCACACACACACACACACACACACACGCAUAAACACACACAAACACACACUAUCGCACACACACCGUCUGAGCUCAGCUUAAAGGGAUAGAGGUGUGGUUGCCGUGGAGACGUAGAGCUGAUUGCAUUUCUGUUGGCAUCAUUAUGUGUGAUACUUCCUGUCUGUUAUUUUGAAUA